GGCGGCGGCGGGGCCGGCGGCACCGCGCACCAAGACGAAAAAGAAGCAGAAGCGCUUCGUGCCGCAGCGGGUGAAGGUGCCGCGGGCGGCCGACCCGCUGCUGGCCGUGCUGGCCUGGGGCGUCAACCACCAGAUCAACGAGCUGAGCCAGGUGCCCCCCCCCGUCAUGCUGCUGCCCGACGACUUCAAGGCCAGCUCCAAGAUCAAAGUGAACAACCACCUCUUCAACCGGUGUCACUGACGCGCAGCCCCCCCCACGCCGAGGACGGCGACCGCCGCCUGCUGCUGUCCUACGACCGCACGCUGGUGGUGAAGGAGCUGUCGAGCGAGGACGUGGCCGACGUGCACGGGCUGCUGUCCCACUACCACCAGUAUGUGGUGCAGUGCCACGGCAGCACGCUGCUGCCCCAGUUCCUGGGGAUGUACCGCGCCAGCGUGGAGAGCGAGGAGAGCUACCUGCUGGCCAUGCGCAACACCUUCAGCCACCGGCUGCCCGUGCACAGGAAGUACGACCUGAAGGGCUCACUGGUGUCACGGGAAGCGAGCGAUAAGGAGAAAGGCAAGGAGCUGCCGACGCUGAAGGACGUGGACUUCCUGAACAAGAGUGAGAAGGUGUACGUGGGCGAGGAGGACAAGCGUGACUUCAUGGAGAAGCUCAAGAGGGACGUGGAG